GUUACUUACUUUAUUGUAAGCCCAAGCCGCAAACCAGACAUGGGCCAACUCUAGUUUGCGACGGCGGCGACGACGACAACGACGACAAACUACACAUCAAGACAAUACAACACAACUACACGACGAGUUUGGGACCCGCCCAAAGACAAAAGAACAAACAAACAACUGCCACACCGUUCCCUCCCACUUAAUACACGCAAAAUGAUCCUCGAAGAGGAUCCCGCUGCCCUCAUCCGGCACACCAUCCACAACUUCAACAUCCAGCCCGACCGCGUCGCCAUCUCGCGCAUCCACGACUCCCUGAGCACCCUGGAAUCCGCCCGCGACCUGCGCAUCACCGACGCGAGCACGCAGCUCAAGCGCCUGACCCGCACCCUGCAUACCCUGAACUCCCAGCACGAGGAGCUCCUCUCCCAGCACUCCUCCACCGCGCACGCCUCCGAGAUCGCCCGCCUCGACACCCAGAAGUUCCGCACCGCAAAGGCCUGCUCCGACCUGGAGAUGGAGGGCGAGCGCCUGGCCUCCGCCGCCGCCGACCUGGCCGCCCGCCUGGCCGAGCUCGAGGCCCAGGGCGUCGAGGGCGACGCCGCCGAGAACGCCAGGCGCAAGGACCCCGUCGACGACGAGGUCCUCCUGCGCCUCAAGGUCUACCGGAGCCUGGGCAUCGAGAUCGAGAGGGACGGCAGGGACGGCGAGUUCACAAAGGCCGUCAUACGGAACGAUCGCAAGGGCGACGUCCACGUCGUCAACAUGGACAAGAACUUCUCCCGGUUCUUCUACGCAAACUACUUCUGGAACACCCUGUAG